AUACUUAUUCUUCCAAUGGCAGAUUAUAUAAUAAAAAAUAAGAAUGCAAUAAAACAUCCAAAGUAUUCAGCAGAUAUUAUUAGUUAUGAGUAUAAGGGCAAUGAGUUGUCAAUUUUUGAUUUAUCAUCAUGGCCAAAAUCUGAUAUUCUUGGUUUAAAUGAUUCUCAAUUGGAAGCUAUCAAAGCUGCAUUAACUGAAGAAUUGGUUUUAAUACAAGGCCCACCAGGAACUGGUAAAACGUUUGUGGGCGCAGAGAUAGCAUCAAUUCUAUUGCAGAAUUUACGAAACCAACAAAUACUUGUUGUUUGUUACACAAACCAAGCAUUAGACAACUUUUUGAAAAAGUUAAUACCGGUGACUGAAAAUAUUGUACGUGUUGGCAAUCAAUCCACUGAUCCUACACUUGCACAAUAUCACAUUAAUAAUAGGAAACAUGGUAAAUCCAAUACAAUGAUGAAAGCUAUGGGAAGUAUUGAAACUGAAAUAUUUGAAAUUUUGAAGGAAAUAAAAAUGUAUCAAAAUUUAAUUAGAACACUAUCGAGUAAGAGGGGUAUUUUAAGUAUGAGUAAGAAUAGCUUUGCAACCGAAUUGGAAGAUAAACAUUGGCUGCCUGUUAAUACAAAUAUUCUCUCUCCUUUAUCUAGUUGGCUUUUAGGUUCCUCUAAAGACAGAUGCUUCAUUCCGAAUUAUAAUGCAAGUAUAAGAAACAUUAUUGAUGUUGACACAGUUUAUAAUAAAGUGUGUUAUGAUGAGAAAGAUGAUUUAAAUAUAUUUACAAAUUUAAAACAUUUAGAAAGUUCACUUAGUAAUUUAAAAUUAGAUUGUGAAUUAGAGUAUGAAGUAACAUUAGAAAAUCUACAAACAUCUUUACACAAAUUAAAUGAUGAAAUAAAAAGAAAAUCUGAACAAGCACACAAUGAAGAAUAUAUAAAAGAGAUACAAAAUGAGAAACAAGAUUUGGAAUUUUGGUUAGAACAUUUAAAAGCUCGUAUGGAAAUAGGUCCUAUUCAAAACCAAAAACAGUUCAGUACUGCAAGUGCAACUGCACUGAAUUUUGAUGAUCGGUGGAGUCUAUAUUGGCAUUGGGUAGAUAUGCUUCAAAAAGAUUAUUUGCAUAAAUAUAAAGAAUGUACAGCAGAAUAUCAAAGUUUGUUGAAACAAUACGAAGAGCUAAAAUUCAUUCAGUACAUGAAAUUUUUAAAAGAUGCUAAAGUUAUUGGUAUGACGACCACAAGUGCUGCGAGAAUACAAAUUAUAUUAAAGGAAUUAAAGAUUCCUAUUUAUAUCUUUGAAGAGGCUGCUGAAAUACCUGAAGCUCAUGUCAUAGCCUCAUUAACAAAACAUUGCGAGCACCUUAUAAUGAUAGGUGACCAUAAACAAUUGCAACCUCAUAAUGCUUCAUAUGAACUCUCCAAAAUUUCUAACAUUAAUAUUUCACUGUUUGAACGUUUAAUAAAUAAUGGUUUACCUUAUCAUACAUUAAAUACACAAUACAGAAUGAAACCUAAAAUAUGUUCCUUGAUUUCUCCAAUUAUUUAUGAAAAUUUGGAGAAUGGUGGCCAGACUUUAAACUAUCGAAAUAUAAAAGGUUUUAAACAUAAUUUAUAUUUCGUCAACCAUAAUGUUCCUGAAGACCAUAAAUUGGAUACAACUAGUUGUAAAAAUACUCAUGAAGCCAAAUUCAUAGUUAAAUUAUGCCAUUACCUAAAAUUGAAUCAAUAUGGUUCUAAAGAUAUUACUAUAUUAUCAACAUAUUCUGGACAAGUUCAAGCAAUUGAGAAUGAAAUGAAACAUAUUGAUAUGCUGCAAAAAGUAAAAGUGUCGACGGUAGAUAAUUUCCAAGGCCAAGAAAAUAGAAUCAUUCUUCUGUCAUUGGUGAGAAGUAAUAAGGAUGCAAAUAUUGGAUUUUUAAAUAAACAAAAUCGAAUAUGUGUGGCACUAUCUCGAGCAAUGGAAGGUUUAUUCAUCAUUGGAAAUAUGGAAAACUUGUCUAGAGAUACUUAUAUAUGGACACAAAUAAAAAAUGUUUUAGAAGAACAGCGAGCUAUUGGAAGUCAUUUGCCUUUAUCAAUAAAAACGAAAACUGGUACAUGGGAAUUUCAGGUCCAAACUAGUGAAGACUUCGAUGAACCUAUAUCAUAUCUAUUAUCUUGA